GUGUCUACUGAUGGUGGCACAGAGAAACGUGUACUCUACAUACACCGUGUACUACUGUCAGGCCUGAACCUGGGCCACCAAUACACCUACAGAUGCGGGAGUGACGCCGGCUACAGCUCCCUCUUCACCUUCAGGGCGAUGAAAGGGGGCAGUGACUGGAGUCCCCAACUUGCUGUCUUUGGUGACCUUGGCAAUGAGAACCCACGUGCAUUGCCUUAUUUACAAGAAGAGGCAGAGGCUGGACACUUUGACGCCAUUAUGCACGUGGGGGACUUCGCCUACGACUUUGACACCGAUAAUGCCCGACUCGGAGAUGAGUUCAUGCGUCAGUUGGAGCCCGUCGCUGCCAUGGUGCCGUAUAUGGUGUGUGUUGGCAACCAUGAAAACGCAUACAACUUCUCCAACUACAGGAACAGAUUCACAAUGCCUGGCGGUGAUGGAGAGGGCAUGUAUUUCAGCUGGAACAUCGGCCCCGCCCACAUCAUCAGCUUCUCCACUGAGGUGUACUACUACGGCGUGAGUACAGAGAGCAUCCGCGCCCAGUACGAGUGGCUGGAGAAGGACCUCCAGGCGGCCAACCUACCGGGCAACAGAGCAGCUCGGCCAUGGAUCAUCGUGAUGGGCCACAAACCCAUGUACUGCUCCAACAUGGGGGAGGAAGCCCUGUGUGACAACGUCAACAACCCGAUCAGAAAUGGCAACAAGUACUACCCUGCUAGUCUAGAGGAGUUGUUCUACAAGUAUGGCGUGGACCUGGAGUUCUAUGCCCAUGAACAUUCGUACGAGCGGCUUUGGCCAGUGUACAAGACCAAGAUUUGCAACGGCAGCAUUGACAAGCCCUACGUCAACCCCAAGGCGCCCGUGCACAUUGUUACUGGAUCUGCCGGUGACAUAGAAGGACAAACAAAAUUUGAACAUACACUGUUCCCCUGGACCGCUUUCCACACAGACGACUAUGGGUACACCCGAGUGACAGUGCAGAAUACAACACAUCUCUACCUGGAGGAAAUGUCGGUUGACAAGAAGGGGGCUGUGAUUGAUAAGGCGUGGAUAGUACGUGACUCUCACUCGGCCGGCCAGUUCAACUGUCAGGCGGUUCCCAGGUAGCCACGCGGAGGUCUCUCCAAGUCUUCGGCAGAAAUCAAGCAUCUGUACUCCAAUGAUUAACUCACGGAGGCGACGAUAACUUAAUGUCAUUUUAUCAUGCGAUAUAAUGCAUUGUGAAUAUUAUUUUUACAACUUUGAUGAUAAUACAAUGUGUUUUAAAUGACCAAUAGUAUAAGCAAAUAAACAUUAAACAUUA